AUGAUUUCAAGUCGCAAGCGUUUUCUAACAUCGCCAACGAUGAUACCUUCAAUGAUGAGAAAUGAUCAGCUAAGGAUAAAAAUUUGUUUCCACCAGAUUAAAAAAAAUUGUUUUCAGAUUCAGCUUCCAUGUCUCCCACCCCUCCCACCCCUCCCAUGCCCUCCACCCCUUCCCUGUUUCUCCCUUCCAUGUCUCCGACCCCUCCCAUGUCCUGUUCUCCAGUGUCCGAUAUGUGAAUCAUGUGCGAUUCCGGAGCCAUGUCCUUGCGCCCAGCCACCCGUCUGCGCCCCAGAACCAUUCGUUCCCGAAUGCGGAGGAGGUGGUGGUUGUGGUGGUUUUGGCUACUCAAAUCCAGGUUAUGGUUUCGGUGGUCCACAAAUCGCCCCUCCAACUCGAUAUUUGAUCCAGAAUACGAACGGUGGGCUUCAACAAGCGUCGUCAUAUUCCGGUUCCUCCGGUUAG